UGUAAACAAGGAGGGGAGUUGCAACGAAGAAAAGUCACGUCACAUUUACCCCAAUUUACAGUGAAAUCAUGACGGUGAAGACGAGUGACGGGACGAGAAAGGAAGGCUAUAAAGGCCAUGGAGAAGGGUCAACCAAGAGAACCUCAGAAAAGACAAAUGCCAGAGGGAAAAGAGAGAAGAAUACCCCCCAGACCAAGGUGGUGGCACGUCGUCUGCCCCCAACCAUGACAGAGGAAGAAUUUUUGGAGGCUGUGUCACCACUUGCAGAGUACGAUUAUUUCAGCUUCGUCCCUGCUGACAAGAGUCUUGGGGCUCAUGCUUUCUCUCGAGCUUACAUUAAUUUUAAAAACACGGACGAUGUUUUCACCUUUCGAGACAGGUUCGACAGCUAUGUGUUUGUCGAUAAGAAAGGUAAUGAAUACCCAGCCAUGGUGGAAUAUGCCCCAUUCCAGAAGAUACCAAAAAGAACAGGAAACAAAAAGAAGGAUAUACGAGCGGGGACCAUAGACCAGGACCCAGACUUUAUGGCAUUCCUGGAAUCACUUGAAAAGCCAGAGACAGUCCAGCUUCCAACACUAGAGGUGGUUUUGGAAGAGAUACAAGCCCAUGAACGGGAGUUGAAAGCCAACAACGGAAUCAUAAAGGUGAAGACUCCCCUACUUGAGUUCAUUGAACAGAAAAAAGCGGAGAAGUUACGAACAAAAGAGGAAAGGCGAGAGGAAAGGAGGAGGAAGGAAUUUGAGAGGAAGAAAGCUCGGGAGGAAGAGAAGAAGAAGCGGAAGGACUUCAGGGACCACAGAGAGGUUAAGAAAGAGGAAGUGAGAGAGGUGAAAGAGGACGGCUCCGUGAAAGUAAGAGAAGUUUUGCGACCAGAGAGAGGGAAGGAACCCUAUGCUGCCGAAGGGAGACAAGAGAAGACGAGACAGGAGAGAGACAGAGAGCGUUUUGAGAGGGAAAAGGAGAAGCAGAGGAGAAGAGACGAGGAAAGGCAGAAGCAAAGGGAGAGAGAAAAAGAGAGGAGGGAGAAGGAGAAGCAGAUGAGAAAAGAGAGGGAGAGAGAGGAAAGACUGAGAAGACUUGAAGAGAAAGCAAAGCUAAAAGAGGAAGACAGAGGGAGAUACAGGGAUGAUGCAAGAGAAGAAACAGCAGAAGACAAGAAGAACUGGAAAAGGAGAGAGGAACUGAGGGAGGAAGCAGUGACGGAGGAAAAGACACAAACGGGCAAGCUAGAGGGUGCAAAAUCCAAGCGUUACAGUGAGGGUCGGCGAAAGGAAGAAAGAGAGAGGGAGAAGAGAAUGAAGGAAGAGAAGAAGAGGACAGAGAAAGAGGCAAAGCUGGGAGAAGUUGAGGAAGAGGGGAAUGAGAGACAGGAAGAGAGAGGAGGAGGAGGAGCAGGUGCUAAAGUGAGAGAAAAGGAAAUUGUGACAAUUAAGCCUAAGGAGGCCAGUUCCCCAAACCAAGGAGAGACAAAAGAGGAAGAGAAAUCACCCACUAAACACAGUCAAAAGGAAGGAGAAGUGGAGAAGGAGGGAGGACAGAAAGAAGAAGUUAAAUCAGAGGAGAAAACCAGGAAAAGGAGGGAAAAGGACCCAAGGGCAGAGAGGAGAAUACGCAACAAGGACCGACCGACCAUGGCCCUUUACCGCCCCGGCCAGACAAGGCUGAGCGCAAACAGGGCCAAGCAGGACCGCACGGAGGCCGAUGACACUUCCUCCUCCAGCCCCAGUCCUGUCAUGCCCUCGGGGGGAGGAGAGACGAGCAAGAAGCCCACAGAGUCCAAGAAGGACGAAGCCCCUGGUAACCUGUGCCCUCCCCCCAAGAGCCCGGAUGGCAGCCAGAGUGAGUCCACGACGAAGGAAGAAGCGCUGAGGGGGGAGGUGGAGGUCGCUGGGUGGAUGGGGAGUGCCAGGAACGAAGACCCGCCUUCGGAAAUCAAAAGGGAGACAACAGAUGACAUCAAAGUCAGGGAUGGGGCUGAGGAUAUGGAGGUGCAGGAUGGAGGGGGAGACGCAACCAAGGAGGGCAAGAAGUACCCAGGGGUGAAGAGCAUGACCUUCCGGAGGAGUGUUAGCCGAGAGUGAAAGGCUGUUGUGAUGAUCUCUCUCUUUCUCUCUCCCUUUCUUUCUCUCUCCCUUUCUU